AUGGAGAACUUUCUAGCACGUGCUACGCUGUCUUCUGGACUUCGACAACCCGGCCGAGCAGCUGCUAGUUUUUCAAACCUGAUUCGCUGUCCUCGAGCAACCACUACUCGAGAAAUGGCGACUUUAGAGAGUGCUCAUGUCCCGGAAAGCGAUUUGGAUGCAGCAGUCGAUGGGAAGGAGCUGCAAAUGGCCGGAGAUGGGAAGGAAUUGCCGACAGUGGAGCCAAACGUCAUUGAUACCGUCCCUUCUGACUCUGUCAAUUCUGAAAAACUCAAAUCUGACAUCGUGCUCGAUCCUGAACCCUCGGUGGCAUCUCCAUCUCCUCCUGCAUCCGCACGUUCAUCUCCUGGUCGCCUUUCAAUCAUGCCUGGCCUUACAGAUUUAUCUGACUUAAUUCUCCACUCUCCAUCGCAAAUUGUGGGGACGCCAUAUGUUACCAACUCAACGCGAUUUGAAUACCCAUUCCCUGAUACAAGCUCCAGCCCUGCAUCUGGAUCACCUCCAAUGACCAGUGUUUUUCCGUCGCCUGUGCCUUCAGGAAGCUCAUUUCCAGCGAUAUCUGCAUCACCUUCCUCCUCCCAGAUAUCCUCACAGACGCUAUCAUACCCGUUGUCCUCCCCCGAUGCGCCAACCUACAAUAGUGCCCACCCGAAACUAAAGGCAUCAGCUAAUCCUCCCAUUCCGCCGAGUCUCGCCAAGAAGCGCACGAGAUGGAGCUUAAAUUUGAUGGGACGGCGUAAGAGCAGUUCUGCGGGGAGCCAAUCAAGCUCAACAAGCGCCACUAGCGACGGGUCCUCUAUGCCUACGAUUGACGGCCUUCUCGCUCAACAACAACAAACGAAUGCUCUGGCUUCAUUGGAGUCCCCACGCAAAGAAGGGGACCAGUGA